AUGUUCCGUCCAGCACGUCUCGGCUCGAGGGCAGUCUCUCGCGCGCAGCACAUGGCUCGUGCUGCCCGGCCGCUUGUCCUCCCAUCAGUGACCCAGUCUCCCACCUCAGCGGCAGCGCGCACUGCUGUGUCGGCACGCCGACACUUUUCCGACCUCGUUGGCGCCCAGCCUCCCAUGCCGGCCCUCGACGUCUCCCAGCUGCCUCCAUCACAGCGUCCUGGGGCCGAGCGACCGCGCGCAGAACACGCUGUCAUCUCGACGUUUGACCUGUUCAGUAUCGGUAUCGGACCCAGCUCGAGCCACACUGUCGGUCCUAUGCGCGCCGGCAAGAUCUUCACCUACUCCCUCCCAAAGGCCAUGCACCCGCACAUCCACACCUUGAAGGUGUCGCUGCACGGCUCGCUUGCGGCGACGGGUAUGGGCCACAUGACGCCACACGCCGUCCUCCUGGGCCUGAUGGCCGAGGACCCCGAGACGGUCGAGGUGGGCAGGCUGGGACGCGUGCUGGAAGAGGUGCGGGCUGUGGGCCAGAUCGACCUGGGCCUCGACGGCGGCGACCACCAGCGCGUCAAGUUCAACGUUGACCGUGACCUGACAUGGCACCUCAACCCCCUGCCGGCCCACCCUAACGGUCUGGUGUUCACCGUGUUUGACAAGGAAGGAAACAUGCUCGCGACCAACCAGUACUUUAGCGUUGGCGGCGGGUUUGUUGUCAACAACGAGACGCAGACGGCCAACGAGAACAUGUACUAUCGCGACAUUAAGCCGAGCGACGCCACGCCGUCGCGCCGCGACUACCAGAACGCCGACACGCAGCAGCACAAGGACAAGGACAAGACGGUGCCGGCCAUUGCCGAUGCGUUGAGCGGCGACAGCAGCAGCAGCAGCAGCGUCAGCCGCAGCGAGGGCGGCGCAGCACCGGACGUGGCCCACGAGACCAAGCCGCACGGCGGCGUGCCGCCGUACCUCUUUGCGACGGCCGAGGAGCUGUACACCAUCUGCAAGGAGCACAACCUCACGAUUGCGCAGGUGGUGUGGGAGAACGAGCGUGCGUUCCGCACCGACGCCGAGAUUGAGGCGGGCCUCACGCGGCUGUGGGACGUCAUGGACUCGUGUAUCCGCACGGGCGUGACGAGCACCGAGCCCCGCCUGCCCGGUGGGCUCGAAGUGCGCCGCCGCGCACCGGGUCUGUACCGCCGCCUGCAGCAGGGCUUCUACCCGUCUGUCCCCGUACCCCACUCUGGCCCGUCAUCGUCCGAGGGGGGCACCGCGCUCGAGUCGGCAGGCAGCCAGCUGCCCAUCGGCCGCGCCGACCACCCGCUCAAGCUCGUGCCGCGCCACACGCGCCCCGUGUUCCCCGGCAUCGAGUACCUGUCCUGCAUGGCCAUUGCCGUCAACGAGGUCAACGCCAGCGGCGGCCGCGUCGUCACGGCCCCGACCAACGGCGCCGCGGGCGUCAUCCCCGCCACGCUCAAGUACGCGACCGAGUUCAUCUCGACCGACGUGCGCCGCGACACCAUGACGUUCCUCCUCACGGCGUCGGCGGUCGGCAUGCUCUUCAAGCGCGGCGCGACCAUCUCCGCCGCCGAGGGCGGGUGCAUGGCCGAAGUGGGCGUCGCGUGCAGCAUGGCCGCCGCGGGCCUGGCCGCCAUCCUCGGCGCCGAGCCCAGCGUCAUCCUCCAAGCGGCAGAGAUUGGCAUCGAGCACAACCUGGGGCUCACAUGCGACCCCCUCGGCGGCCUGGUCCAGGUCCCGUGUAUCGAGCGCAACAGCCUCGGCGCCGUAAAGGCCGUCACGGCCGCGCAGCUCGCCAUGGCCGGGAGCGGCGAGCACACCGUGUCCCUGGACGAGGCGAUCGAGGCGUGUCGCACAACGGCGAUGGACAUGCACUCACACUACAAGGAGACCUCGCUCGGCGGACUGGCAGCGACCGUCAAGAUCCCCCUGUCCUCGCCCGCAUGCUAG